AUGUCGGAUCUACAACGAAACCUGAUGAAGGGAAAACUCCCACACCUCGACGAAGAAGAAUCACAUCAACCAGAAUCCGCAGGAGUGAAAGGACUACAAGGACUUGGUCCGAUUGCUGGGAUUAAACCUGCUUCGGGGGAGUUGAAUUUACCUGCUGAUCACCAAUUCAAAAUUCCACUACGCCCUCCCAAGCAGAAAAGCUACACACCAACAGACUGGUCAACCUACUGGACACAUACCGCGACCGCUGCACUAUCCACCCCCUCCUCUCUAUACAAGAUCUACUACACCCCCCCGACAGACUCGACAAACACCUGGUUCGUAUUCCACCACGGCGCGGGAUCAUCAGCCCUCACGUUCUCGCUGUCCGCGAAACUGCUGCACGACGCGAUCCCGCACGUCGGUGUCGCCGCGUACGAUGCUCGAGGACACGGGCACACGGCCGCGACGGGCGAUGAUAGUGAUUUAAGUCUUGCGACGCUCGCGAGGGAUUUCAUCAGUGCGGUAGCGUACCUUGCCGACCUCAGCGACGAGGAAAAGCAAGCGGAGGUGGUGUUUGUAGGCCACUCGCUCGGCGGCGCGGUGGUGACGGAGGCAGCAUUGAAGCUCGACGAGGACAAGCAGUCCUGGCCGAGCCCGCGGCCGCGGCCGCUGAUCAGCGGGGUCGUGGUCGUCGACGUGGUCGAGGGCUCGGCGCUAGAAGGACUGGCGCACAUGCGGGCGUAUCUCGGCACGCGGCCGUCGUCGUUCCGCACGGUCGAGGACGCAAUCAGAUGGCAUGUGAAGUCGCACACUGUACGCAGCGCGGAGUCUGCGUGCGUGAGCGUGCCGCCGCUGGUGCGGACGCAGGACGGGUCGGGGAAGUUGGUGUGGCGGACCGAGCUGGGGUCUACGGAGCGGUACUGGCAGGAGUGGUUUGCGGAUCUGAGCAGCAAGUUCUUACGGGCGCGCGCGGGCAGGCUGCUGGUGCUGGCGGGGACGGACAGGCUGGACAAGCCGCUGACGAUAGGGCAGAUGCAGGGCAAGUACCAGCUCGAGGUGUUGCCGGAGGUGGGCCAUUUCGUGCAGGAGGACGCGCCGCAGCGGUUCGCGGGGCUGCUGGAAGGGUUCUGGGGGCGGAAUCGACGGGGAGCAGCGCUGGAGCGAGCGGCUGGGCAGCUAGGCGAGCGCAGGGACGGCGAUCAUGAGGUUCUGUAUUAG